AUGGACCUGUCAUUGCCAGGCCCAAAUGACACAGACGACGACGUUUUCUUCGAUUUGCUUCAUCACUGCCCCUUUCCCCAUUGCUCCGACAACGCCGAUAACUCGCCGGAAUCUUCCGCCUCUGCUUCCAUUGUUUGCGGCCCUGACCCCCACCCUACAACCUCGGCAACCACAAUCCGGCGCCGUUCAAUUCGCCGUGGAUCACUGGUUAGGGAAUCGACAGACGCCGAUUCCGAAAGCCAUUUGAUCAACGGUGCCAGCACCAGCUCCCGGAGUAUUCAAAAUAUUGAAAAUUUGAAGGAAAAUGAGAAUUCUGAGGAGAAAUGCGACUCAUAUGAAGGGAAAGUUCGUUCCUUUCCAUCUCCAAGUGUUGUGACCGAGGAAUCGACGUUAACUACAGCUGCAAACGAUGAUGGACCCGGCAAUUCCGCUGACUCGGCAGCGGAACUCGGCGAUUCCCCUUCGAAUUGGCUUGAAUAUGCAGUAGGGUUGUUGAUUAGGGCAAUUUUGUUUCAAAUUAAAAUUUUCUUUGUGUUGAUAAGGUACCCUGUGCUGUCAAUGUUUCAUGCUUGCAUGUUUUUUAUGGACCCAUUUGGAACAUUGAGAAAGGGCAAGGGUUUUUUGUUGGGGAUGUUUGGUAGAGUGUUGUGUUGUGUUGGUCCUUCAGCUCAGAGAUGGUUCAGGGAGCACAAGUCAUUGUUGGAUGUUGCCUUUAGGUGUGGAUGGGGUUACUUGUGGUCAAUCUAUGUUUGCUGCAUUUUGUUUGCUCUUUUGGUUUCCUCAAUUGUGGUUAGUGUGUUUUUGGUCAUGUUCUUGGUGGAGAAGCCAUUUCAGAUGAGGCAAGUUUUGAAUUUUGACUACACCAAGCAGAGUCCUGUUGCAUAUGUUCAUAUAAUAUCAUGUGCUGGUGUUGGUGUCGGGCAAGCUUCUGAAAAUGACAUAAUAGUUAGUAAGUGGAUGGGUGGAAGGGUUAUACCUGCUAAACAAAAGGUGCAGGUCACUGUUUCAUUGCUGGUGCCAGAGUCAGAUUACAACAAAAAUCUUGGGGUGUUUCAGAUCAGGGCAGACUUCUUAUCUUCUAAUGGUAAAACAAUUUCAAGUUCGAGCCAACCUUGCAUUUUAAAAUUCAGAAGUGAGCCUAUCCGCCUAAUAACAACUUUCCUCAAGAUUGCUCCUCUUGUUACUGGUUAUAUAUCAGAAUCCCAGACCCUGAAUGUCAAGAUAAGAGGUUUUGUUGAAGGGGAUGUACCUAUUUCAUGCUUAAAAGUAACCCUUGAGCAGCGAGCAGAAUAUCUACCUGGUGCUGGCAUUCCUCAAAUAUAUGAGUCAUCUAUAUUUAUUGAAUCAGAACUUCCCUUAUUCAAAAGGAUUAUUUGGCAUUGGAAAAUAAUCAUAUUUAUAUGGAUCACAAUGAUGGCAUUCAUGAUGGAGUUACUCUUUGUUCUAGUGUGUUGUUGGCCUAUAAUUAUUCCACGAACCAGGCAAAGAAGUGGUUCUGAUCGCAGUAGUGGUACCCAAAACAAUCUUCAGGCACCAAAGGAUUAUCUGGAGCUACAUGAUGAUGCCUAUCCUAAUGGAGCCGAGCCUUCUUUCUCUACUUGGAAAGAAACAACAGGUUCCACUGCUGUGGCCGAGAAAACUACCUCUGCUACUGAAACUGAUGUACAGGAGAUUCCCCCAGCUUCCUCUGUAGUAAUGCCAUCCAAAAGUUUUACAACAGAUGGUUCACCUCCUGUUAGGUCUGCUGAUGGAUCUACACUUGGUCAGAAGGUUGAUGUACCAACCUCCAUAAGUUCAUCUAUCCCUGAUCCUACUUUUAAGCCAACAACAGGUGCAGUGACAGUAGCUGCACACACAAUUGUGGGUUCUGACAAGUCUAAUUCGCAAAAUGGAUCAGUUGUUAAUCCUCCCCUGUUUAACUUUGGGAAUGAAGUUGUUCAGUCAACAGAGGUGACUGCUGCUGAUGCUCCAUCAAAGGAGUCUACUAAAUCAGGUCCAAUAUUAGGUUUGGAUAAAGUUGCAUCGUCAAAGAAUCCUGAUGCUGAUGCUCCGUUAGUUAACUUUGGCAUCAACGAAAAUGUUGACAAUGUUCCCCAAGUCUCAUUUACUUUCUCAUCAUCAGUUGGUGGUGAAUCUGGUGGACUCAAAUUUGGUUCUUCUUCUGACUCAAAGCUGACGAGCUCAAUCAGCUCAACUACUGUUCCUGUUGCUGUUGAUUCAAUGCCAAAAGUUCUUGAAUCCGAUAAUGGUGAUGCUAAGACUAAUAUAGUUACUGGAUCUUCUGCUCCCUCAUCAGAGCCAGCUGUUUCAUCUGCAGCAUCGACGUCAUUGUUGACAUCACCUGCAAAUACAUUUACUUUUAGCAACAGUUUAAAUCAAAAUAAUGGACCUGUUGCUUCAAGCGCUACACUUGCCUCUCCAUUUCCAUCUAUUGGUACAAAUAAUUUUAGAAGUCAGAGUAUAUUCAGUAGCUCUUCCCUUGCAGCAAGCAGCAGCAUUAGUGCCAUUGCAACUUCCUCUAGCACCCCGGCGUUAAUUGCAUCCAGCAAUAGCAGUUCCUCCACCCAAGUGGUGGCAUCUUCAUCUCCCACAACUUCCUCUUUCAAAUUUGGAUACACUCCUUUAUCAUCGACUGGCACAGAACCAGUGGAAACCAUGACCAGGCAGGAUGGAGGAAUUGGUAAUCUAGGCAGCACUGUCUUUGUAAGCUCUUCUGCUGCUGUUGGUAGCACAGGGAGUGGCAUUCUUGGGUUUAGUUCCCUGGCAAUGACCACUAUAAAAAGCCAGUCUCAGGAUUCUGUCUUUGGCACUACAAGUGGGUCUGUCCUUGGUAUGCUGGCACCUUCUGCUACUAGUGGUUUUACAACUUCUACUCAGAGUCAGUCAGUGGGAUUUGGUUCAUCUGCAUCAUCCCCAUUUUUUGGGUUGACUGAGAAUAUAGCUUUUUCUACAGGGAGUUCAUUGUUUACUUCUUCAAAUACCAGCGCAAAUAUUUUCAACUCGGGUACAACUUCUAGACAAAGUACCCUUGCUUCCUCUUCGGAAGCCAACCCUGUUACUGUUAGCUCCAAUAGUACUUCAAGUUCUACUUUUUUUGCACUUUCUAGUUGGCAGCCCAGUACUGGUGGGGGUGACAAGUCUGGUCGAAAAUUUGUGAGAGUUAAACAUAAGCAGCGUAAGACGUAAGACCAUUUUUUAUGAAAAUUUUCUGACACUGCUGCAGUCUGCACUUAGUGCUACAAAUGAAUAAACUCUUAAAGGUGACUGAUUCCUUAAUUUGGCUGUUCAGAUAGCAAUCUGGACAAAUGAUGCUAUUAAAGCAAAUCAACAUAUGCAAGCUUGUCAUUGCUUCUUAUAGAAUGCAAGGCUUAGCUUUUCACAAUUUUGUAAUAGUAUGAUGUGAUUGAACAUAAUCUACUGUACUUGUAAUGGUUUUAGGUAGUUCUAGAUCAAGAUUUGGUCAGUUAUGAUGUUGACAAAAUCCCUGACAUUCUCGUUAUUUGUAUCAUGGGCAGAAAUAGGCAUGAAUUUAUGGCUUAGCUGGUUGUCGCAUAACUUACUUUUUAUGGUGUAGCAAUUAGUACUCGUGUAUUCUGUGUUGUAACUUUGUAUAAAGAAGGCCUUUUAAAAACAAUAAAGAAAAAAGUACCCAAAAAACAAGGAGGGAGAAAGAACCUACUUGGGAUAGUGUGAGACAUUAUAUAAGAAGUUACUUACGGUGAUCAAUGGUUUCUCUAAUUAUUUGCAAGACCAAAUACCAGAUAAACCAACAGGAAGAUGCAGAAAUGAAACUCUGCAGCGACAGGUCCUGGGGUCAAAGAUCUUUUGCUAGGUGAGAGAUCAGGCUACCAGUUUCUAAGACAAAACCCUUCAAGCUGCAAAUAGAAACUAAGAGCCUGUUUGGAUCCUCUUAUUUUUAAGCUAGAAGCUACUUAUAAGUUAAAGUUAAAAAAAAAAAGCUUAAAAAAAGAAGCUAAAAACUGUUUGAAAAUUACAUAAAAAUUUUAGCUUAAAAAUUAGUUAAAGCACAUAUUUCAAGAAAAUUAUUUCUCUCUCUAUCUUUAUCGCUCUUCAUUUUAAAAAAAAGCACACAAUUCAAGAAAAACAGAUAAGAGGUUAAAAAAAAACUCCUAGGAGGAGCUUUUUUCUUCAUUAUAAAAAAAAGAGUUUUUCGUUAUAAGAGCUUUUUCCAAAACCUGUUUGGCCUAGCUUAUGCUUAUAAGUAGUUUCUAGCUAAAAAAUAAGAGGAUCCAAACUGACACGAAGAAUUGGAGCAGGUCAAAACACAGAAGAAUCUUUGGUGCUCUGAAUCAUCUCCAUCACAAUAAAAAUGUAAAAUUUCAAGCUCAAAUUUAUGGAAAUAUAUUUAUGUGUUUUGAUGCUACAAGUUGAAUAUUUAAAUUUCAUGACUGUGUAUCUUUACAAUUCUCUUCCAAAGACAUUGACUAAUUGAAAAAUCUUAUUUAUGCUUUAGUUAUCCAUACACUAAGUCAUGGAAUAAUUUUUGUCCAGAAUUAAAAUCACCAUAAAUCAAAAAAAUUAAAAUAUUAAUAACAAAAUUACUUUC